AUGUCACCCACAAACUCCCCAUGGAUAAUCUCUCCGAAUAUGCAACAAAUCAUUGACAAAUUUGAGAAUGAAAUUCUAUGUCAAUUUCUAUAUGUUCCUUGCUCCAUUUGCUCGAAGCUAAUGUAUUCUAAAAAAUCUAAGUGGAUUGAACAAGACUCUGACACUGAUUAUCUGCUUAAUGUUUCGUAUUCAAAUAUCACAUUAACCACUAAUCCAAUCCCACCUCCAAAUCAAAAACGCAGAUAUCUAUCUCCCAUCUUCCUGCAUUGCUCACUAGUUCGUACACUUGGUGCAAAUCCUUUUACUGAAUAUCAAUCAUUUGUAGGCACUAUAAACUACUCUCGAAAUUUUUACUCCCUAAGUCUAUAUUUUGGUCUACUAGAUGCCUUUUUAGAACCUCAAACUGCCACUCCUUGGCUUGAUAAUUCUUUAACUGAUGCUAUUAAUUGGCUUAAGGAAAAUAACCCCUUUUUACAUAGCUACUCUCAAAUGCUUCCAUCUGAUCUAUCUGCACAUCUGUCUUUACCUGUAGCCACUCACUUACCUAAUGAUGAAAAUGUACCACGGAUGCAACAGGGCGAUAUA